AUGAAUCCAAUAACAUCUUUGGUAUAUUAUGAUGGUCAUUGGAAUGAAAAUAAUGUGUAUGAUGAUUUCAAAAUGCUUGGAGUGUUAAUACCAUUAGAUUGCUCAUUUACAACACUAAUGAAUAUCUUGUCUACAGAGUUGUCUACCAUUCUGUCAAUAGAAAAUGCAACAAUUGAGUACCAGGUUGCAGAAACAUUUCCUCCAUUGAAGAUCAAUAAGAACAACCAAACUAUCACCUGUGGAGCACUUCAAAAGAUGAGUUCUACUGUUGCUUCAAGUAGUAAUAAUAUAGUGAAUGAUAUUUCAGACACAUCAACAUUCUCUAUAAAUGAACCUCAAGAACUACCAAAUUUCAUUCAAUUGGCAGAUCAAAUUACAGAUUUAAUUUUGGAGAAGGAACAACAUGAAUCAAUUCCUGAACACAUCGGAACAGAAACUACAGUUAUAACUCAUGCAAUUUCUGAUGAAAUAAGAGAAAAACAGUUCAAGGUCCACAAAUCUUGCAAAAAAGAAUAUCAGUUGAAGUGCCUUGAUUCAGAAUGUACGUGGUCAUUUCGUGCUGCAAGAUAUGGAAAGACAGAUAUGUUCCAAUUUAGGAAGCUCAAUCGUUCCCACACAUGUUCCUUGGACAUUAUUCUUGGAGAUCACCGCCAAGCUUCAAGUAGUAUGGUUGGGAAUGUUGUGAAGAGCAAGUUCACAGAUCCAAAAACAAAUUAUAGUCCUAAAGAUAUAGCUAAAGACAUGUUGGACAGAUAUGUAGUUUCCAUGAGUUACCAAAAAGCAUGGCGAUCUAAGGAAAAAACAGUUAAUUUUGUACAUGGUUCAAGUCAAGAUUCCAACCGAGACAUUCCACGAUAUCAGCACAUUUUGAAGCACAAAAAUCCAGGUACUGUAAUAGAUUUGGAAAUUGAUAGUCCAAACAGAUUUAAAUAUCUUUUUAUGGCUAUGGGACAAUCAAUUCUAAGUUGGAAACAUUGCAUUCCAGUAAUUGUUGUUGAUGGAACAUUCCUAAAAGCUGCAUUUGGCAGUACACUUCUCACAGCUUCAACACAAGAUGCAAAUAGACACAUCUUCCCAUUGGCUUUUGCUAUAACAGAUUCUGAAAACAAUGAUUCAUGGGAGUGGUUCUUCAGAAUAAUAAAAGAAUGUUAUGGAGAAAGAGAAGAGUUGUGUAUAGUUUCAGAUAGACAUGAAAGCAUAGAGAAUGCUAUAAAAAAUGUCUUUCCAAAUGUAACUCAUGGAGUGUGCUCCUACCAUCUUUUCUGCAACAUAAAGACCAAGUUUAGAACAGAUGCAGAAGCAACCAAUAUCGCAUUUCAUGCUGCUGCAAAAGCUUAUAACUUGGAAGAUUUUGAAAAAUACAUGAAGGACUUGGACAGUUUACAUGAAGGAAUCCGCCCUUUUCUAGCCAAUGAGGUUAAAUAUGAAAAGUGGGCAAGAAUCUACUCCAAAAGUCGUAGAUAUGCAGCUAUGACUUCAAACAUAGCUGAAUCCAUUAAUGCAGCACUAAAAAAAAUGAGAGAGCUUCCAGUAACAACAUUACUUGAGUGCCUUAGAAACCUGAUUAAAAAAUGGAGCUACAACAACAAAAAAGAAGCAGAAGCAACCUUUACAGACUUGCCAAAGAAACAAGAGGAAUACUUAAGAAAGAACUUUGUAGAACCAGCUAGAACACUCAAUUACAGUGUACAUAGUGGUUUAACAUCAAGCAUUGUAGACAUUGCAAAGAAAUCAUGCACUUGUAACAAGUUUGAUUUGGAUGAAUUACCUUGUGAACAUGCCAUGGCAGUCAUUAGAAAGAUGAACCUUCAGUAUAAAAAACAUUGCUCAUAUUAUUUCACAAAACAAGCCAUGUUGAGCACCUAUAAUGCAUCAAUAUAUCCAUUGGGAGAUCCAAAAACAUGGAGAGUUCCACCUAAUGUUGAGGAAAUAGAAGUACUACCUCAAAAGGGGAACAGAAAAAGUGGAAGGCCAAGGAAAAAAAGUACAGUGAUUGGAACAUUACUUAUCACUAUUACUUGUGAUAAAGCUUUAUGA